AUGGGGAACGAUGACAAUGGCCGUUGUGUAUUUCCCUUGACAAGUUUACAAAUUGGGGAUUUGCAGUCCUACCUUUCACAUCUUAAUCUAUAUCUGGCCACUGAAAGUAGAAAACUUUAUAUCUUGGUGGACAACCGGCCAUGGUUGAAAGAUCUUGGUUCCAAGCCUACGCAUUUUUGGCAAUUGAUGGUCACUAAGUCCAGGAUGUCUCCCUUCGCGAACAGUAGAGGGAACAAGGAGAAAAAGGUGACAGAUGAAUUUCCAGAGUUACCUACUCUUUCCAAAUCAAAUUCAGGCAAAUCGAAGAAGUUCAAAAAGUGGUUAUCAUUUACUGAUGCUGCAAUGUUAUCCCGGAAGAGGGCUUUGCUUCCUGUAAAGAAGCUUAGGAACUCUUUGAUUUUUAAUAGCAAAUUGCAUAGAACCUUGUACGGCUUUAUUGUGUUUGAGGUCGCAUGGAGUAAUGUGCGUGGCAUCAACUAUUUUAACGAGCUUCAGACUGAUACAUCACUGGCAAUAGAAGCUAAAUUCACGAGAAGAUGGGAAUUCGAUAGUAUAGAUCAAGCUGUCAGAUGCAUGUCUUCAUGGUUCCCUGGGACACGCGAUGAACAGACUCUUUUGAAAGAUUAUUUGGACACUACAAUAGGGGAGAUUUUCCAUGAUGCUCAAGAUAAUUUUCCGAGGUCUACCAAUGUGGAUAAUGAUGACAGUAUUAGUGGUGAUGAUUCUCCUCUCUGUCCUAGUUGUUGCACUGUAUAUUCAGAAAACAUGGAAAAUAGAACAAGUGGACUGCAUACACCACCUCCCCCUGAAGGCCCUUACAAGAGAAGGAAAGUUAUGAAGUUUAUUAAUAGUGAUGUUGACCUUGACAUUUAUUCUGAAGAAGUAGACUCUGAAAGUGUUCGAACGCCAAUACAUUCUCCGACCUCAUGUGCAAGUGAGUGUGAGGACAAAGUUGAAGCUACCCAGUACAGGGAUGUUUUAAUAUUACUUCGAUUCAAUGAUCGAAACCUUCCUUUUAAAUUGAAGGAAAUAAUUGUGUCUGACUUGCGGUUACUCACUCUACUUGAAUCUGGGCUUCCAUCUUGGUUCUCAAGGCAACGGCUUCUAAAGGCUGUUCAGUGGUUUCUUAUGAUGGCACAAACAACGCGGUCGUUUCUUUCAAUAUUUCCACAGCCAAUGGUAGAACCUCUUGUGGAGAUAUUGGAUUUCUUCCUUCCUCUUUGGAGUAUGGGUAUACAACUUGCAGAGAGUUUCUUGUCAGUAAUUUGGACUGUGGUGGAGUCUUCUUGUACAGUAACCGGAAAUUUUAUCGAGAUUCUACUGCUUCCACUGUGGUAUAUCCUCUCAUUAUUUUGGAGUGUUGCUACAUCCAUCAUAUGCCCUAUAUUCUGGAUUAUCUGGGAAAUACUCCAUGCUCCAUUCCGUUUGGUCCUUGGAUUGUGUAGCCUUGCGGCUUUCGUAUUUAGUUCCACAUAUAAGUUGGUUGGAGAUAUUUGUAUGUUUAUGAGCGGUAUCUUUCAGUUCUCUUCAAAUGUUGAGUCAACAGUGAGUUCAUAUGAGGUUUCGAUGUGGCGUUCUCUUUGGAAUGACCUUUUCUCCCAGGUUUUCCGUGCUCUCCGAAGCAUUGUUAAUGGUUUUGUGGUCUUCUUCACAGCCUGCAACAGGCACCGUCUAAGCAUAUAUAAUCAUUUGAAGGAGUUUAUCCGAAAAUUAUCAUGUGCCGCCAAGAGAACACGGUCUCAAGGAAAUAGUCACGGAAGGAGGCCUGGAGCUCAAAAAACAGAACUUAUUGCUCAAAUCAAUCAUGCCAUUGGAGCUUCAGGUGUUGUAAGCCAGGAAUGCAAAUCUGUUGUUGCCCAGUACGGGAAAACCAGACUUGAAAUGUUGUUAUCAGAGGCAGCGCUCCAAAAAAUAUUGUUCCAGAAUCGGGUUAUCUCUUCUGAUGAUGUUAGUUAUGGUUGCUACCAGUAUGUCCUUCGAGUUGGUGAAGGUGAUGUAGCACAGUGUAUUAGUGGAUUUACAGCCUUAGACGUGGCCCCUCCUCGCGGCCCCUUGUGGAUUUUGGCUGAUGUUUUCAUGGGUCAGUAUCACACUGCGUUCGACUAUGGGAAUAUGAGGGUUGGAUUUGCUGAAGCUGCUUAA